AUGGCAUUCCCAAGAAUCACCGACCUGCGCAUCGCCUCCGUCCAGUUCGAGAGCAUCUCCGGUGACAAGCCCGCCAACCUCGCCACCAUCACCCGCCUUGCCGCCACCGCCUCCGCCGCCGGCUGCCACGUCGUCGCCUUCCACGAGUGCUGCAUCCCCGGGUACACCUUCGCCGCGCGCCUCUCCCGCGCCGAGCUCGCCGCCGUCGCCGAGCCCGUCCCCACCGGGCCCUCCGUGCAGGCCCUCGUCGCCGCCGCCAAGGCCCACGGGAUCAUCAUCCUCGCCGGCCUCUAUGAGCGCGACGAGGCCACCGACGAGCUCUUCAACACGUACGUCUGCGUGUCCGGCGACGGCCUGCUCGCGCGCUUCCGCAAGCUCCACCCGUUCAUCAGCGAGCACCUCGCGGCGGGCAGCGAGAUCGUCGUCUUCCACCUGCUCGGGUGGCGCGCGGGAGUGCUCAUCUGCUACGACAACAACGUCAUCGAGAACGUCCGCGCGACAGCGCUGCGGGGUGCGGAGAUCCUCUUCGCCCCGCACGUUACCAUGUGCACGCCGUCGACGCGGCCCGGCGCCGGCUUCGUCGACCCCGCCCUGUGGCACCGCCGGGCUGAGGAUCCAACCACGCUGCGCGCCGAGUUUGACGGCUUGAAGGGGCGUGCGUGGCUGAUGAAGUGGCUGCCCGCGAGGGCGUACGACAACGCCAUCUAUGUCGUCUUCAGCAACCCGAUCGGUAUGGAUGACGACCAGCUCAAGAACGGCUGCAGCAUGGUGUUGGAUCCGUUUGGCGACGUCAUCGCCGAGUGCAGGAAGCUGGACGAGGACAUGGCCGUGGCGGUGUGCACGAGGGAGAAGCUGCACCUGGCCGGAGGGUUUCGAUAUCGCCAGGCGAGACGGCCACAAAUUUACGGCGAGAUUCUUGCGCAGGAUAAUAAUUCACAGCUCAAGAUUGCGUGGAUGUAA